AUGGCUGCACCAAGUCGAGCUCGGGUCUAUGCUGAUUGUAAUACACAUCGUCCCCGAGAAUAUUGGGAUUAUGAAUUACAUGUUGUUGAGUGGGGAAAUCAGGAUGAUUAUCAAAUAGUAAGAAAACUUGGUCGAGGAAAGUACAGUGAAGUUUUUGAAGGGAUCAAUAUAACAAAUAAUGAAAAAGUUGUUAUUAAAAUAUUAAAACCAGUUAAAAAGAAGAAGAUCAAACGUGAAAUCAAAAUAUUACAAAAUUUAAGAGGUGGUCCAAAUAUCAUCACAUUAUUGGACAUUGUUAAAGAUCCAGUUCAACUUUAUCCAACAUUAUCAGAUUAUGAUAUUCGAUUUUAUAUGUAUGAAUUAUUGAAAGGAUUGGAUUAUUGUCAUAGUAUGGGAAUAAUGCAUCGUGAUGUUAAACCACAUAAUGUUAUGAUCGAUCAUGAAAAUCGAAAACUUCGUUUGAUCGAUUGGGGUUUAGCUGAAUUUUAUCAUCCAAGUCAAGAAUAUAAUGUGCGUGUCGCAUCACGUUAUUUCAAGGGUCCAGAAUUAUUAGUUGAUUACCAAUAUUACGAUUAUUCAUUAGACAUGUGGAGUUUAGGAUGUAUGUUAGCUAGUAUGAUAUUUCGUAAAGAGCCAUUUUUUCAUGGACAUGAUAACUAUGAUCAGCUUGUUCGUAUUGCUAAAGUACUAGGUACAGAUGAAUUAUAUGAAUAUCUUGAAAAAUAUCAAAUUGAACUUGAUCCACGUUUCAAUGAAAUACUUGGACGACAUUCACGUAAACGUUGGGAAAGAUUUGUUCAUUCAGAAAAUCAACAUCUUGUGAGUCAAGAAGCAUUGGACUUUCUUGAUAAAUUAUUACGUUAUGAUCACAAUGAUCGUCUAACAGCUAAAGAAGCAAUGGAUCAUGCCUAUUUUUUUCCAAUUGUUCGUGAUCAAAGUCGUCCAGCAGGAGUGACAUCUUCAGUACCAUUAUCGAACGAAAAAGGCAAAAAAAUGUCAUUUAGUGAACCACCCGAAAUGAAAGACGAUAAAGAUAAUAGUGAUGAUUUGUUUACGUCAGCUAUUCAAGAUUCUUCUGUUCAUCAUUCAGACAACUUUGGUGAAGUUGCACUGAAUGAUGAUAUUGAUCUUGAUGAUGAAGAAAGCCCAUUUGGUGGAAACACAAGUCGUAAACAGCCACCAACAGUCACACCAAUUGAACAGAAAAAUGAACCAGUGUUUGAAAAUAGGCAAAAUAUAUUUGAAGGUGUCAAAAAGGACGUAAAGGAUGAUAUGGAGGAAGAUAAUGAUGACGAUUUAUUUGGUACAAAAAAAGCCACGGUGCAACAUACAAAUUCACAUGUUACUCCUACACCAUUAUCGCCAACAAUAGUGGAAACAAAGAGUGAUGAAAUAUUUCCAGCUUCCUCAAACGUAUUUGUAUCAAAAGAAGUUGUUCCGCCUGCUCCGGUUACUCAAAGAAUUUCAGGCGCUUCAACAACAACAACAUCAUUAUUGGAAAGUCAAGUAUCGGUAGACAGGAGUAAAAAAACACGUGCAAAAGACCAGACUAUUGAAAUAUCCGUUAGUGAUCCGACAAAAGUUGGUGAGGGUAUGUCAUCGUAUAUGAUCUACAGAAUAACAACAAAAACAAACAUGUCAGCAUUUAAAAAAUCCGAAUUUACGGUGAAUCGUCGAUUUAGUGAUUUUCUUGGUUUACAUGGAAAGAUAUUGUCAAAACAUAUUCAUACGGGUGUCAUUGUACCAGCACCACCAGAAAAAGAUACAUUAACCAUGGCUAAAGUAAAAAUAUCAAAAGAAGAACAAAUACCAACAGAUUUUAUUGAUCGUCGUCGCGCUGCUUUGGAGAGAUAUUUAAAUCGUACAGCCAGACAUGAUGCUUUAUUGAUGGAUCCAGAUUUUCGAGAAUUUUUAGAAAUGCCCAAUGAAUUACCAAAAGCUACAAAUACUCAAGCAUUGAGUGGUGCUGGUAUGCUACGAGCAUUUGCAAAUAUCUCAAAUCAAGUGAAAAAUUUAACAUCUAAAACGGAUGAACAAGACACAUGGUUUGAAGAAAAACAAUAUUUCAUCACUAAUUUACAUAAUCAUUUGAAACAAUUAUAUUCUAGUUUUAAUUAUUUAUUUACACAACGUAAAGAAGCAGCACAAGCCGCAUCACAAUUGUCAAAAUGUUUGAAUCUUUUAGCUACAAUCGAAGAACAUCCAUUAUUAUCAAGUGCUCUGGUUGAAUUGGCUAAUGUUGAAGAAAAAAUCGAAAAUGCUCAAACAGAGCAUGCAAAUCAAGA